GUUUAUUGGCGGUUCACUAUUGUGAAUUUCGCUAAGAAAAGAAGAAAUCUGUUUUUGACAAUUCGCAGCGCUGAAAAAGUGAUUAAGUAAUGGGGCGCAAAUCAAAAACCGCAGGUGGUAAAAAGGGUGCUGCUGCUAAGAGUGCCAUCAACAAGUCUAAGAAGGACAAAAAUAUUUUCAAAGUUAAUGAUGUCAAAAAUAAGAAGAAACCGAAAGUGGUGCAAGGGCAAUUAAAAAAGAUUAAAGAAGUCGUUAAAAAUAAACAGGAGAAAAUCGACGCAAAUUUGAAGGACCUACACAAAGGUAUGGUGGUGAAGAAGCCAAAAGCAUCUGUGAGCAAUACGCCGAUCAAGAAAAACAAAAAAGCGCCAGCGAACACGAAAAAUGUAUCGCAGAAACUAGGCAACCUCAAGUUCUAAGGCGCCAGUUUCCGUAAACUGAAAUUUUUCUUCUGUCAAGACGCCGUUAACGAAGCAAAAUUUUAAAGAAUUAGUAAUUAGUUUUAAACGUGACGAGCGGUAUUUAUUUGAGGUUGAAAUAGUAUGAAAAUUUACUUAUAUAUUAUGAGUAUAGAGAAAAUGAUGCUAAAAAUUUCAAUAAACAUGAUUGUAUAGAUAAUUGUGUAAAAUA